CUCGGGAGCUGCGGGGAAGCUUCGCCGCGUCUCGCUUGGCUCUAAAGCGGGGCCUGGCUUUUUCGGGAGCGGUUCUCUGCGCCGCCGAAGUGACCAUCGCUGAAGAAAGCGGGAGAGGCGCCGCGGAAUCUCCUUCGGGGGGGAAAAAAAAGCCUUUGUCCGGUUUGGGGACUCGAGUUGGGCGACCCGAGUCUUCCCCCUCCGCUGCGUUUGCCCGGUUAGAUGCGGGUUUGCUCUGAGGAGGCGGACGGGGAAGAGGGAGUUCUUGGAGAGGGAGCCGGUGCUGGUGGUUUAGCGAGGCAUGGGAACGCCAGAAUUGUGCAUUUGAAGCUUGCCAACGCAAAAUGUCACCCAGACAAACACUCCCAUUGGAAUAGCUAGAAACCAAGAUUGGCUAUCACGUAAGUGUAAUGGGCAGAUGUAGGGGAAUAAUUUUGAGUCCCUUCAAUAAAAUAAUAAUAAAUAUACCAGGCAACUUGUGACUUGUCGGAUAGCAGUUUAUCUUAUCUGACCUCCAGUUUCCAAAGGAGGCGCCUGUCUAUCUGGCCCAGCAAAUAAUCUUAGAUGCUUCAGUCUCCUUGUUAUGUCUGGUCCUAUGUAAAUUGUUGUUCCAUUUGGUUUUGAGCUGCAGAUUACCCACAAGAGCUCUUUCCCGCUGCUUCACAUUUUGAGGAAAGGUUAACAAGAACAGAGCAGCAAAAAUAGAGAAAUCACUUUCAUGAGGCAGUGAAGUUAUAGAAAAUAGAAGGAAUCUAGAUCCAUCCAUAUGCUAUUGCAUUGAAACAAGAUUUAUAUUUAUAUAAUUAUAAAUAUAUUUAUAAUUUAUAUAAAUAUAUUUAUAUAAAUUAUUUAUAUUUAUAUUACAAGAGUGGCCUUUGAAAGCAUUGUAUGAUGAGAAAGGUGAAUCAGAAAUUGAUUUGAUUUUAGAGUAAUUUGAGCUUUUCCAUUUUAUUUAUUUAGCAAAUGAAUUAUAGCUACCCAUGUCAAACUUAAUGAUUAAUUCCUUAUUACAAGUGGAAUACUGCACUGAUUGUAAGCUUCACAGUAUUGCUUAUGCAGACUUUACAUAAGUAAAGUGAAAACUAAUUUUUUUAGUUGAUUGGUGACAUACUGCUACAAGCAACCUGGUUGAAGGGAAUGAAAAAGUUGGUUGGUUUUUUAGUUAAUUUAAUACAUUGCAAUAUUAUCAGAAAACUGAAUAUCUUUAACAAAAAUUUUCUUUUCUGUUAUAGAUGUGCACUGGACUGUAAAGUGGGUCAGAGCAGAUUUAACAGUUUUUGACCAUAUUUUGCAUCUGCUGAAGCUGCAGGUUGGCUACAUUUCCCAUUCAGUCAUGUCUUACGUGUUUGUAAAUGAUUCUUCCCAAACAAAUGUGCCUCUGCUACAAGCUUGCAUUGAUGGAGAUUUUAACUAUUCAAAAAGGCUAUUGGAGAGCGGCUUCGACCCAAACAUCCGGGACAACCGUGGCCGAACAGGUCUUCACUUAGCAGCAGCUCGAGGAAAUGUUGAUAUUGCUCAGUUGUUGCACAAAUUUGGGGGUGAUCUUUUGGCCACAGAUUACCAAGGUAACACAGCACUUCAUCUGUGUGGACAUGUUGAUACCAUUCAAUUCCUCGUCUCCAAUGGACUCAAGAUAGAUAUUUGCAAUCAUCAAGGGGCAACCCCUCUUGUCCUGGCAAAACGAAGAGGAGUAAAUAAAGAUGUGAUUCGAUUGCUUGAAUCUUUGGAAGAGCAGGAAGUGAAAGGAUUCAACCGAGGAGCACACUCAAAGCUGGAAACAAUGCAGACCGCUGAAAGUGAAAGUUGGAGAUGUUUAGACUCUUCAUUGGAAAGAGUUCUAAAGAAGUUGGACUGUCACAUGGCCAAUGAACUUCAGGACUCAGCUCAAAUUGCAUAUUUGGAUGCCAUGGAAAGCCACUCUCUCCUCAACCCCAACCUGCAACAAGGGGAAGGUGUUCUGUCCAGCUUCCGAACAACCUGGCAAGAAUUCGUAGAGGACCUGGGCUUUUGGCGAGUGCUGCUUUUGCUUGUUGUCAUUGCUUUGCUGUCUCUUGGAAUUGCGUACUAUGUUAGUGGAGUGCUCCCUUUUGUGGAGAACCAGCCUGAGUUGCUGCAUUAAAGGCAGUGUAAAUUAAUAGUGUCCUACUAUUAUUUGUAAAGUCUCACUUUGUUCUCUAUGGGGCAUAUAUUGGUAGCUGCAUGUAAGGUUUAGACACACAAUGCCGCCGCACCCCCCCACCCACCCCCUGUUAUGAAGAACCGCUUACAAAAAUAAGGAUGCACUAGUCUUAGCUACAUUACUGAGUUAAAGUACUCAUCAACUGCAUCUAACAUUUCUUGGAUUAUCAUUAGUUGUAGGCUCUGCUGAUAAAAUAUGACAAUAUAAAGAAGUGAUUGAAAGCUUUUCCUUGAUACGCAGAUGUUUAUGAUCAGGAAAUCAAUUUGUUAGACUGUCUCUAAAAAUUGUUAUAAAAUCAGGUCUUACACUGUGGGUCUUUAAAAGUGGCCAUUUUCUAUAAUUACAAGGAGUUUCCUGCAGAAAAAUAAACUAAUUUAUAUUUUUUGGUAAAGAAAGCAUAUAUCAUACUUUUCAAGAAGCAGCACUUGAAGAUUUUUACACUACCAUAAUUUCCACUUGAAAUAUUAAGAGUUUUUCAUCUCUUUGAAACAAAACCAACAUUUAGUUAAACCAAAUAAAUUGGGAAAUAUCAAUACUUACUGUUUUAAUAACUAAAUAAAACAUUUUUUUUUACUUUUAGGAAUUUUUCCUAAAAAAAAUUGGGGAGAAUUCUUUCCUUUAAGAAGUAAGCAAAAAUGAUCUUAAUGACUUGAAAAAUUUAAAUAGAGGUAUUGUGUAAACUUGUGGCAUGAUCGUGAAAAGGUUUAUUUUGCCCUGUUUAUAAACUUAUAAGCUAAUUUUAAUUGAAUUGCAAUGAAUUCAUUGUCCUAAUCUCUUAACAUAUGUAUUGUUGUAUAUGUAAAAUGAGACCUGACUUAAAACUCUACUUUGAAGUAAAUUAAUAAUAUACCUAAAUAUAGGAUCUCGUUAAUAACCUCGCUAAGAUUAUCUAACUAAGAUUGAUAGUUCAGGCACUUAGUGGUGCAGGAAGUAAUGUCUGGUUUUUUGCUGAACCGAAAAUUCUGAAAAUGGAUCCAGAUGUGCUGGAGCAUACACUGUCUCAUCGAGUUCUAUUUAUAUCCAGGCAAGAGAGAAAAUGAUUGCUGACCUCUCUUCUUAUAUAUCCAAAUAAGUAAUUAAUAAACCAUAUUUAAAAUUUAGAAAUUGAAACAAGUGAUCGAUUUGCUUAUCUUACACUAAGUUCUUCACCCUCAUUCUAAUGAAAUAUAAUUUUGUGGUAAGGUGUAGUCUUCUAUGUAAAAUGCUUUGUAAUAUAUUUUGUAGUUCACUUAACAUUGGAGGAAACAUUGGAAAUAGAUAUCCCAGUUUUAGAAUCUUUUUUAAUGUUAACAAAACAUCCUAAACACAAUCAAGCCAAAGUUCUAACUUUUUAAGGACAUGUGGAUUUUCAAUUUAACAUUUCUUUUUUUGAAGUUUGUAGGAUUUUGUUUAAAAUGAUAAACAGCAAAUUCAAUACUACAGACAGGAACAAAUGAACUACUCAAAAGUGAAUGCAGCAGAAAUAAGAUAUAAACUAUUAGAAGAAUUAUAGCCUUGGGAUGUCUUUUUGUAAAAAGUAAACUUUCAUGUUAUGUUAUUUCUUUUCUAUUUUACACUGCAUAAUUAUUAAUUUAAUUAUUAAUUGUAUUCUAAGCAUGCCAAGGUAUUCCAAAUAAACUUGUAUAAACUACAUGUAUGUUUCUAUUUAUGAUACAGUUUUAAAUCAAGAAAACUCAAGAAAGCAAAUAAUAAAAUCUAGUUCUUCAUGGUCA